AUGGGAAAGACGCCAUACCCCUGGCAGCAGAUUGCAGCUGCACGUGCUGCACAUGAGAACAUCAUCGUCAGUGCCGAGACAGGCUCCGGCAAGACCCUGGUGGCCGAGCUGGCAAUCCUCGAAGCACUCAGGCUUCACCCCGGCAAGCACGUCGCCUUCAUGGUGACCGCUUCACGGCUGCUGGCUCACCAGCAGUGGAUGCGGGUGAAGGCGACGUUGCACGAAGCCGAUCCUGCUGCAGAAGUGGCAGAACUCACGGGCUUCACAGCGAGUGGCUGGGGUCCGAAGGAGUAUGCCAGCGUCCUGCGCGCAAAGGUGUUGGUUGGGACUGUCGAGACCUUUACCAGAGCUUUCAUAGACCACGGCUUCUUCCGCUUCGAAGACUUCUCCCUCUUCGUGCUGGACGAGUGUCACGAGGCCAAGGGGGAAUCUCCGGCAGCCGAACUCCUCUGGCGGCUUCACUGUCAGGACGGAGGCAACAGCUUGGCCCCCGAUCCAAAUCUCCGGGUGAUGGGACUUACUGCGUCCUUUGCGAGCUGCAAGGCUAGCAGCCGCGACGAUUUCGCCGCGCUCCGGCAGCAACUGCAGGCUGUCAUGCAGUCAAAGAUGCACCACGUGCCGAGGAGCGGGCUUCCCUCGCGCAAGAUGCCGUCUUUCCACCGUGUCGAGUAUGAGAGCAAUGCCGGGGCUGAAGCAGCGGAAGCUCUCGCAGGGGAACUGACCAGCGAGAUUUGGGAGGAGCUCCGACAGCAGGGCUUGACCUGCGACUCCGUUGAGAAAGUCGUCCGAGAUCUCGGUGUGCUUUUGCUCGAGCUGGGAAGUGAGGGCUUCCUCUUUGGCCUGGAGAAAUGCGUCGUCGCACAGCUCCUGGCGCAGAUCGAACAGCGGAAAAUGAUCCCGGCCACCAGGCCUGGCGCAGAGGAGCUCGAGGAGCAGCUGGUGGUCCUCGAACGAAGCCUCGCCACAGUCCUCGCCAGAGUCAAAGGAAACCCAAAGCUCCUGAGCUUCGACCCUAUCUCCGGCAAAGCGCAAGCCCUUUUUGACUGCCUCGAGAAAGAGUUCGCCGAUCCCAAACGGGACGAUGUGGGCAUGUGCUUUGUCAACGAGGCAUGUCUGAGCAUUCCGCUCGCCCACCUUGUGAAGACCUCCUUGGGGAUAGACACCGCUGCCGUGUCGGGCACGAAGGCAAUGCCAGAAAAGCCAAGAAACGAUGCGUUUCAAGCUUUCGCAAACCGCGGUGCUUGCAGACUGCUGGUGGCGACGAGGUGUGCGGAAGAAGGCUUGGAUGUGGCAGACUGCUCUUUCGUGGUCCGCUUCAGCCGAUUCCACACGACUCGCAACCACAUUCAAGGUGUCGGUCGCGCACGAGCAUCGGAGGCCAAGGUCUACUACUUUGAGAACGACCCACUGGAAGAGUGCAGCAAGGAGGAGAUGAUGUACGAAGCCGCAGCUGAGCGGGACGUGAUCCCAUCGAUGUUGGCCGCUGUGCCGCCGCACCGACGCGUUUGGGAGGGUCUGCACCCGUACAUCAUCCCGGAGAGCCUUGCAGAGGUCAACCUGAAAAAUGCUAUCUCGAUUCUGUCAGAGUAUGUUGCUACAACUACAUCGGGGAAAGUCCAGCUCAAGAAGCUCCAUGGCGAUUCGCACUUUUGCCUUCCCGGUCCACAGGGGUGGCUGAAGAUUCCCAUGGUGGAGGUCGAGGGCUUCUUUCCGCAAGAGCGAGAUGUCAAGCCGACCUCUGUUUCUUACUACGUGGGCGUCCUGGUUCUUCACUGCAGGGGCUGGCUGGACGAACACAACUGUGUCGCCAAGCAAGUCAGUAGAGCGAGCCAAGAAGUUGCGUGGCCAGAGCCGGAGGGGGAGCCGGAGACCAUUUCUCUUGGCCCCAUGGUAUUUCCGAAGGGUCUUCUCGGGAAUCUGCCUUCCAGCGACGCCCUUGCGCAGUUUCAGCAGCGCGGCAGAGAGACCAGACGGCAGCACGUGGCUAGCGGCGCGGAGCAAGUCGUCAUCGGCGAGCGAUUGCUCCAGGUGGAUGCCGUCUACAACACGCAGGAGACCGUCAACAAGACCUUCACUGACGGGCGAUGCGUCUGGCAGGGUCUCAAGGCGCUGGCACGCCGCGAGGUGGACUUCGGGGAAAUCACGCGGAUCAGGGUGGCGCGGGGUCCGGACGACUGCUGGUACUCUGCUGACAACCGCCGGCUUUUCAGCAUCAAGGUGGUGGGGCCUCUCAUCGAUGUCACAGAGAUCUGCGUUGAUGAAAUCAACUGGACGCCGGAAAUGAAGAACAAGCUUGACCAGCACGCGAGGUACGGAGAGGUGUGGCGCACAGAUGCUGCUAGCAUCAGUCAAGUGCGCAAGCAGCUUGAGGACGAGCUGCAAAACGGCCCCGCCCCUCUCCCGAGCAGCUCCCUCGACCCGAAGUUGAUCGCCGCUGAGGAGGAGAUCGAAGAGAUCUUGGGAAAGGCGGCAGACCUGGCAGAGACGGAGGAGCUUGCCUCCGCCAAGGCUGCCGGCCGGCCACCGCAGCCGGAGGAAAAAAGACCGAAGCCCAAAGAGGCGGAGCAAAGCUUGGAGCGAAGCUUCAUCGAAUUCUCGGAACCCCGCUGCCCAACGGCAGCGCGAGGAGAGGGUGGCAGCAGCGCCAUGCCGUUGCCCGAGGCGCCUCCUCCAGUUGGCUCUGGAGCUGCUGCCACGUCAGCUCAGGGAGUUCCCGGAGUGGUGCCAGAGCGCUCUCCACUGAAGCAUGAGGCCAUUCCUCGGCAGAGCGCCGUGGAAUUGCAGCUGUUGCGCUGCAUUGGGGACUACCUCGUCAAGAAUCCGAAGGCAGAGUCUUCACCUGACCCCAUAUCAUUGCUCAACCUGGCGGUACAAGCGCAAAUGCGCCCCAGCGACCGCGAGCUGCAUCCGCUCUGCUACAAGGACUGGACACACCCAGAUGGCUUCAUUUGCGAGGUGACGCUGUGUGGGAUGAGGGUGGAAGGCCAGUUCGGCGCGAACAAAAAGGCUGCAAAGCAGUCUGCCGCUCAGGAGGCCAUUAAGGCGGUUUGCAAAGCCUCACGCGAGCGACGCGUGGUGCCGUUGGAUGAGAUGGAUUAA